GACAGCACCACGUCCAUUCGGUCCUCCACAACCGUUGAUGUUCCAACAUUUCACACCACCAACCCAACAACGUCCAUGGUUCGGAAUGAUGGAUCCGGGAAGGCGAGUGGAAACCUCUGAAGAUAGACAUGUGAUGGCCAAGCAUAAACAGAUAUAUCCGGAUGAGAUGCAAACGAACGCAAUUGAGAAGUUGGUGUCGAUGAUUAAAGAAGCACUCAAAGGAGUAUCGGAU